CUGCGCGCAACAGGACGCGCGGGCUUAUUUCUAUUAGAGGACUGCAUACACUCCUGGGCUGCGGCGUUUCCCUGAUUUGUUUUAAUCUUUAAAGAUAUUCUCCUCGAAAGGAAUAAACUGCAUAAGAAAUGAGAGCGUGGAAAGUGCGGUUUCUGUGCUUCGUGGUGUUGAAUGCAGCUGUGCAAUAUGUGACGUCCUUGGAGGAAGCGCUCGCUGAUUCUAUUUUUGGUAACUUCCUUGAUCCUGUGGAAGACUUUUUUGACCACAAAGAUGAGAGCAAUGCCACUCUUGCCAAAUUCUCCCUCCGCAAACCAUCCCAUCCCGAUGAUGACCUUUGCUACAUCAUUCUGGGAAAGCCCGACUCCCUGGCAGCCUGCUCCUUCAACAACACUUCCAAGACCUUCCUCGUAAUCCAUGGCUGGACGCUGAGUGGUAUGUUUGAAAGCUGGAUGCCUAAACUGGUAUCGGCGCUGUAUGAGAGAGAGCAUACGGCCAAUGUCAUCGUGGUGGACUGGCUCAACUUGGCUCAGAAUCACUAUGUGGUUGCAGCUCAGAAAACCAAAGCAGUGGGACAGGAGAUCGCUCGCUUCAUUGACUGGAUCGAGGAGACCACCAACAUGCCUCUUGAGAACGUCCACCUGAUUGGCUACAGCCUCGGGGCUCACGUGGCAGGAUUUGCUGGCAGCCAUGCAACCAAUAAAGUUGGAAGAAUCACUGGUUUGGAUCCCGCUGGUCCUGACUUUGAGGGCAAGCACGCCCACAGGCGCCUCUCCCCAGAUGACGCUUACUUCGUGGACGUCCUUCACACUUUCACACGUGGCUCUUUGGGGCUCAGCAUUGGAAUCCAGCAGCCUGUUGGCCAUGUGGACAUUUACCCGAAUGGAGGCAGCUUCCAGCCGGGCUGCAACCUCAGAGGAGCGCUGAAGAAGAUCGCUAACUUAGGAAUUUUUGCUGUCUCGGAUGCAGUGAAGUGUGAACACGAGCGCUCGGUUCACCUGUUCAUCGACUCCCUCCUGAAUGAGCAGGAAGCGGCCAAGGCCUACAGAUGUGGCAGCAACGACAUGUUUGACCGUGGCAUGUGCCUGAACUGCCGCAAAAGCCGCUGCAACACGGUGGGCUACGACAUCAACAAGGUCCGCAAGCCUCGCAACGUGCAGAUGUACACCAAGACACGGGCCUCCAUGCCUUUCAGAGUUUACCACUAUCAGCUGAAGAUCCACUUCUCCAGUAAUGUGACCAGCUCAGAUAUGGAGCCUUCUCUUACUGUCUCGCUGUAUGGAACCAAAGGAGAGGCUGAAAACUUGGAGCUUAAGCUAAAGGAGAAAAUUGCAACAAAUAAGACACAAUCGUUCCUGCUGGUGACAGAGAAAGACAUUGGUGACCUGCUGAUGUUGAAGUUUAAAUGGGAGGAGGCAAACGGCUGGUCUGCCUCAAGCAUGCUGAAGAUGGUUUCCUCUUGGUGGUCCGGCAACUCAGACAGCGCUAACAUGGCAGUUCACAAAAUCCGCAUUCGAGCGGGUGAGACGCAACAAAAAAUGGUGUUCUGCAUAAAAGACCCUGAUGCUCAGAGGUUAACACAGGAGCUCACAUUUGUUAAAUGCAAGGAUCCAUGGAGGACGAACCGAAAAAGAACUCCAAAAAGAGUAACUCUGGAGAACCACUGAUCGUGAAGAAAAAACCCUGUCAAGCAUCCCCCUUGUUCGUUUCAGCACUUAACAGAUAAUUUAUACACUUGUAACUUUUAUACACCUGUAAAUAUCUGAAAACCUUCAUCACUUUGUAUA